AUGACUGGCCAUCAAUAUGAUUCCACAUUCACCGACCGCGUUAUCAACGCCAUGGGUCCCAAGACGAAUCCCCGUCUGCACCAGUUGAUGAGCGGCUUCAUUCGGCACAUCCAUGACUUUGCGCGAGAGAAUGAGUUGACAGUCGACGAGUGGAUGCAAGGCGUACAGAUGAUCAACUGGGCGGGACAAAUGAGUGAUGCUAAACGUAAUGAGGGACAACUUUUGUGUGAUGUUAUUGGGCUUGAAUCAUUGGUAGACGAAAUCACUUACAAAGUAGCAUCUGAAGCAGAUGCGCCAACAGCAACAGCCAUCCUCGGCCCCUUUUUCCGAGCAGACACAAUGGUCCGACAAAAUGGCGACAAUAUCGUUGUCACAGGAGUCGACGAUGGAGAAAUGGUCUUUAUGCAUGGCCAAGUGAUGGAUUACAAGACAAAGAAACCUAUCCCAGGCGCCAUUGUGGAGGUAUGGCAAGCGUCUACCAAUGGAUUAUAUGAGCAGCAAGAUUCGAAUCAAGUUGAGCAUAAUCUGCGAGGGAAGUUUACGACUGAUGAGAAUGGGAAAUAUUGGUUUUAUUGUUUGAGGCCGACGCCUUAUCCUGUUCCUGACGAUGGCCCGGCAGGAAAGUUGCUGCAGCUCAUGGAUCGACACCCCUAUCGUCCUGCGCAUAUUCAUAUCUUUGCCACACAUGACGGAUACAAGCCCCUCAUCACACAAAUAUUCGACAGAAAAGACCCAUACCUCACCAAUGACUCUGUUUUCGCGGUCAAGGACUCCUUGAUUGUGGAUUUUGUCCCUCUGGAAGGGGACCCCAAAGCCUCUACUGAGUUGACUUAUGAUGUGAAGCUAGUUCCCAGGGAUUCUUGA